AUGAGAACUUCAACUAUGCGAUGGAAAGAUAAACAACGGGAUACCAUUCAAGCUUUAAAUUACUUAUGUCGUGUAACAGAAGCAAAAAACUGGAUUGAAGAAUGCUUGGAUACCAAUUUGGGACCCAUCUCUACUUUCGAACAGUCUUUGCGAAAUGGAGUCGUGCUGGCAAAGCUGGUUUUACGGUUUCAACCAUUCAGACGUUUCCGAGUGUUUGAGUCUGAUGAGCUCCAGUUCCGUCACUCAGACAAUAUCAAUAAAUUUCUGGACUUUAUAGCCGACAUAAAACUCCCUGAGAUAUUUCAUUUUGAACUCACAGAUAUCUAUGAAGGGAAGAACCUUCCCAAGGUUAUAUAUUGUAUCCAUGCUCUUUCAUUCUUUUUGUCAAUGCAAAAUUUAGCUCCUCCCUUGGUACGAAUAAAUGAGAAUUUGAACUUUGCUGAUGAUGAUGUUGCCCAAAUAGUCCGAAGACUGCAACAAUCAAACGCAAUACUACCAAACUUUACUGCCUUAAGCAGUGAUUUUAUGCUUCGUGCUAGUCCUACACUGUCCCCUACCCGAAACCCUGCUGCAUCUCCUAAGCAUUCGCGUGCUAGGUCUCAAGACUUAUCCGACUCAGGAUCUGCCUUUUCUUCCCCUUUAACUUCUCCGCUUAAAUAUAAAGAAGAAGAUACACGAAGUCCGCUUUCCUCUUCCACUUCUCAUAGAAGAACUAAAUCCUCUCUCCCUUCACUAAACAGUUUCAAAUCAAGCACACCUGCUUUAUCUUCUUCCUCGAAGCUUAAUGGAUUUGAAGAUUCAUUUUUGCAACCGCCAUCUUCAUCUUUACGUGAUUCCCCAAGUCCUUCUUUUUUUACAACAUUUUCCCCUAAUCGACGACGAGAAGCUCUCUUUUCGUAUUAUAAUCCUUAUCACCAGUUAGAACGUGCUCCAUUCCAGGAUAAUGUUUUGAAUGGCGUUCAAGCUUGCUGUCGUGGUGUAAUCGCGAGAAUCAAGCUGGUCGACGUAUUGCAAUCUUUAGCAGAACAAAGCACUCAUGUUGAAACUUUUCAGGCUAUGAUCAGAGGAUAUUUGUCUCGAUCAACAUACAAGAUUAAUGAGAAUGCGUAUGAGGAAAUGGUUAGGUGGACUGAAUCACUUCAAUCUUCAAUCCGUGGACAUCUUGUCCGAGUCGAAUACAAGGAAAAAGUACUUCGAAAUGAAAGUUUGCGUUCAGUUCCAAAAAUGCAAGCUGUUAUUCGUGCAGGGUUUUACAGGAGGAGCCAAGUUGCUAUCUUAGAACGUUUAAAAGAGAAGGAGUCUUCAUUUAUUUUAAUUCAGUCAUCUUCCCAUGGAUACCUGACCCGUCAUCAAAUUGUAAACAUGCUGGACAAUCUUUAUCAUUACAUACCUUCAAUUAUUCAAUUACAAAGCGUUAUACGUGGUGCUUUGUUCCGCAAUCGUUUGAAGCAAUUGUCGAGAGAAUUGGAUUCGUUUCCUUAUCGGUUCCAUGCCAUGUGCAGAGGUUUCUUUCUAAGAAGGAGACUCAAUAAUUUAAAGUCCUCUUUAGAAUCCCAAUCUUCGUCUUUUACUAGUUUGUCAACUUUAUCGAGAGGAUGCUUAUUGCGUAGUAUCUACAAAGGACACUUGAAGCAGUUACACUAUUUGUCUCCUUCGCUUAUUCCGUUGCAAUCAAUUUGUCGAGGGUUACUGUCACAACGCUGGCAGUUGAAUAUACUAGAAGAGCUUUAUUCUCAUACAGCUUCCGUCACUACAUUACAAUCUUUUAUUCGAGGAUUUUUAACAAGGAUUUCUGUUGCAAAACUAAACAUUCAUCUUGUUAAACAUUCCAGAGAUAUCCUUUUCGUACAAUCUGCUGUGAGAGCUGUUUUACUUCGAGACGAUGUGAACUUCAUCGAAAUUCAAUUAGAAUCCUCCAUAGAUGAGACAUUAGCUUUACAGUCCACUAUUAGAGGCUGCUUGGCGAGAAGUAAUUUUGCGAGGAAACUACAAAGCUUUCAUCAGAAAAUGGAAAAUCCGAUAAUUGCGAAAUCAGUAUAUCGGGGCCGUCAAGAGGGUCUUGCAUAUCGUGAACUAGCUACCGCUAGAAAUCCCCCGGUUAUGACCGUCAAGAAUUUUGUUCACUUAUUGGAUGAUAACAACUUUGACUUUGAAGAAGAUGUUUGCAUAGAAAAUAUGCGCAAAGAAAUUGUAAAACUCGUCCGCGAAAAUGAAACGAUUGAAGAGCAUAUCAAUGAACUGGACGUCAAGAUUGCGCUUUUAGUUAAGAACAAAAUCAGUCUUGAUGAUGUUCUAAAGCACCACAAUAAAUAUAAACCAGGCAAACAGGUUUCCGACUACAUUGCCAAUUCUCGUUCAAUGAAAACCCUUAAUAACUCAAGCAGACGUUACCUUGAUCUUGUUCAAUGCUUUUUUUAUGUGCUACAAACUAACGAAAUCUAUAUUACUAAUUAUUUGCACAUAUUAAAUAAGAGUAAUCCUAGUUUUAUGCAAUUGAGGCAUAUUACCUAUUUAAUUCUGCAAAUCUUUGGUCACGCAUCUAAUAGACGUGAGGAAGUCUUGUUUCUAAGGUUGAUGACAAAUGUACUAAACAUGGAAGUUAGUCAAGCUGAAACUACUGAAGACAUUCUAAACAAUGAAUCUAUUUGGAAGAUUUUGUUAAUGGGUCUUUUGGGAAAUAUAAGGGAUGCCAAGCUCUGGAAAUCAAUACUCAGCCGUAUGCAUAAAAUAUUAGUAUACGACGAAAGAAUGGAUUUUGAAAUAAAUCCCGUAGCCUUGUUGAAACAAUUUGAACCAAAUCGAAAGGAUCAUUCAGAAAACCCCAAGGUUGCUUUAAAUAUUGCUAUGCAACAUUCUCCAACAAGGAACCUUUAUGUUGGUCGCUUGCGAGAAUUGAGAAAGUUAUGUCAAUCAUUUAUAAUCGCAUUAUCCAGGAAUAUUGAAAGCUUUCCUUUUUCACUAUGCUACGUUGCUUCUCAGCUGAAGUUAUCUUUAGAACAGAAUUUUCCAUCAGCAAGGAAAGAGUGGGUAUUUGGUAUUAUAGGACGCUUCGUUUUUGAUAAUUACAUCAAGCCUUUGCUAAUUUCACCUGAUAAUUAUAAAUUGGUGGAAGGUCACAUUAAUGCUCUACAAAGAAAAAAUCUCAAUUGCUUUUCAGAUAUUCUAUCCGAAAUCUUCAGUGUUGAGCCUCGUGACUCACGGCAGUUAGGCUUUUUAAGACCUCUUUCAGAGUUUAUUGAAGUUUCCAAACAGGAUAUCGUAAUUUUUUUGGAGCAUUUAACUGAUGUCGUUGAUCCAGAGACUUACUUUGAAUUUGAUGUGUUUGAAGAUAUAGUAAGCACAAAGCGGCCCGUAAUUUAUAUGAAACGAGACGAUAUCCUUAAUAUAUAUACACAAAUAUCACGCGCUUCAGACUUGAUUGCUACUGAUUCACCAAAUGAUCCAUUACGGGCUGUGAUAAGUGAAUUGGAAUCAACGUCACCUAAAGAUGAUGAAUUUUUGGAAAGUGAAACUGACAUUAAAUUAGAGUUGAGUCCUCGGUUUUGCACUGUAGAGGACCCUGUUGCCGAAGAAAGAUCACUAAUAGUACAAACCAAGCGCUAUAUAUUCUUUAUUAUCAGGGUACAAAACGGAACUAGUCUUAUGGACAUUUUAGUAAAACCUGUCACCGAUGAAGAUGAGGAAACUUGGCGUGAACUUUUGGUUGCAGAAGCGGAAAGAAAUCAAAGAUUCGAAGCAUUUGACGAUACGCUCUCAUCUAGUUCAUUUGCUGAACUAAAAUACUUGGCAUUAACCAAUGUUCUAGAAUUAGAAAAUCUUGGUUUUGCAAAUCGAUCUAAUAACUACCAGGACAUUGUUAAUUCUAUCGCUCUGGAUAUUCGAAAUAAAUCAAAACGUCGACUUCAACGCCAACGAGAACUUGAUUUUGGUCGCCAAAACUUGGUCAGCUUAAAGGAUAAACGAGCUUUUCUGGACUCUCAACUGAAAAGUUAUAACGAAUACAUUGAGCAAGCUAUGGAAACUCUUCAAUCGAAGAAAGGAAAGAAAAAACUAAUACCGUUUUCGAAACAAUACUUCCAUAUGCGUGAAUUGAGAAAAUCCGGUAGAGUUCCUCGCUUCGGAUCAUUCAAAUAUACUGCCACGAAACUUUACGAUCGAGGCAUUCUAGUCUCCAUGUCUCACAUGCCUCACCACGAUAAAUUGUAUAUCACUAUAUCCGCCGACGAAGUAGGAAAAUUCACUUUGGAAGCUAGUAGCAAUGCGGUUCAAGUUACCAGCCCGAGAUGCGAACUUCAACUGGAUGAUCUCCUUUCAGCUCAAUAUAAUAAAGUACUUACUAUAGACGUUUUGGAAGGAAGACUCAAGUUUAACACGAAUAUGUUCUUACAUUUGAUUUUUUCUCGAUUUUACUCUUGA